AUGUCGGGAACAGGAGUUCCCCCCAUCAGCAUCGAGGGCACCGCUGACUGGUCAUCCUUAAGUAGGAUGAUAAACAACAAGGGGAUCCAAUUCUCCAAGGCGAGGACGGCGGGUAACAGUGUGAAGGUGUUCACAAAUACACCAGCUGACUAUCGUCAGCUAGUCGCACUGCUGGACUCCAUCAAGCGGCCCUUCUUCACCUAUCAACUGAAGGAGGACAGGAUGGACCAGAGGGUCAUUCGUGGGCUACCCAGGGAGAUGUCAGUCAAUGACAUCAAAGAGGAUCUAGUGAGCCAAGGCAUCGCAGACGCCGAGGUUCAGCAGAUGACCUCAAGGACCACCAAGAAGCCACUUCCGCUCUUCCUCGUCAAGACGAAGAUGCCGGAAAAGCUUGCAGAGAUCCAGAGGCUGACCAUGCUCACGGUCAGCUUCGAGAGGAAGAAAAAGUCCACCGAGCCCAGCCAAUGUUACCGCUGCCAGCGGUACGGGCACACACAGCGGAACUGCCGUCUCGCUGAACGGUGCGUUAAGUGUGGAGAGGACCACAGCAGCACCACCUGCAGUCUGCCAGCGCCGCCAACAGGACAACGAAACGCCAAGACAGAGCAUAUGAACUCUGAAGAAAAAGACGCAAUCACCAAGUUAGUAAGAGAGUAUUCAGACAUAUUUCACAUAGAUGGUAAUUACUUAACUUUUACGAGCAAAAUUAAGCAUCAUAUACGUACAAGCGAUGAAAUACCCAUUUACACUAAAUCAUACAGAUAUCCUGAAAUCCACCGAAAAGAGGUACAAAGACAAAUACAAUCAAUGCUUGAUCAAAAAUUAUUAGAGAGAGUCAUUCAGCGUGGUGCUCACCUAUAUGGAUUGUUCCAAAAAAAUUAG